GACAACUGCGACUGCGUGGAUCUGUAUUGUUCAAUUUUUUUAUGCUGUAAACAAUGCCUCAAUUUACAGAAAGAAAUGUGGAAGAACCACUUCCAUAUUCAAACCACUUCUCUUGCGAGUCUUGUAUGUUGUUGAAUAAGCGGGCAAUAGACAAAUACAUUCUGUUAAACCAGUCACCGCAAGAGUGAGUCUCCCCAGUCCCCACAAUGGCGGUGGGGACACGCAGUAUAGAACUACAGGAGCGUUGUGUGCAACUGGUGGAAUGCUGGAGCCAAAAUGUCACCCAUGGGUCCUACAGGAGAUGCGGGCCAUGCUGAGAGACCUGGGAGCCAUGGCCUUCCAGGGCCUACUGGAGCGGCGCUUCCUCUUCGACCAGGCUGAUCUGAGCUCUUUCUCCCUGGACUGCAGCGGGCUGUCCAAGGCCUUCCUGGUGGAGAUCCUCCAAGAGGACCGGGCCUCGCUCACCUACCAGAGGAGCUUCCACUUCCUCCACACUAGUGUACAGGAGUUCCUGGCUGCUCUGUACUACGUCCUGCAGGCCCRCUCCGGCUCAGACCCGUUCUCAGGGCUCAAGUCAGCCGUUGGUGUAGCCAUGUUUCCAGUUGCCCUGCACAAAGUGUUAACCUCCACUACUAAUAAGCUGCUGAGGCCCAGACGGCUCCUGCGCAGAUACGUCAAGAAGGCUUUCUCCUGGGGUGGACACCAUCAGUCUGGUCACAUGGACCUCUUCUGCAGAUUUGUAUCUGGCCUAUUGGUACCUCAAACCCGUGUCAUCCUGGAUGGACUAUUCCGAGGCAGAUCACAAAUACUCCCAUCUCUCUCCUCCUCCUCUCUAUCCCUGCCCUCUCCUUCACCUCCUCCCCCCCCUUUCUCCUGAGCCUGCUCCACUCUCAGCUCCAAUGUGGCAGACUGAGUCCAGAGAGGCAGGUCAACGUGUGCCACUGCCUGUACGAGGCCCAGGACCCAGGCCUGGCGCAGCGUCUACAAGCCUGGCUGCAGGUCCUGGCCCAGCAACAGGUCCCAGACCAGUCUAACCCAGCCAAGAGGGACUGGAGCGAGCUGGCCUUCCUGCUGCAGCUGAUCCCAGACCUGCAGGAUCUGAAUCUGGAGGGCCAGCGGCUAGACGCAGAGGGCC